AUGAAGCAAAUGCGCAGAGGAACCUGUGAAGGCGCAAACGUCAACACCAAGAUCAACACCACCAAGACCAACACCACCCCCAACACUACUAACAGCGCAAUGAGAAGCUUCCAUAAUGCCAGCUUAGUACUCACCAUCCUGCUCGUCUUUUCCAUCACGUCCUGCACAGGUGUCCCAAUGUUCCUAAAUCCAUCUACUGUAGAGCACGACCAGCUUCAAAAUCAGAUAGACAAUGUGUGCUUAUCCUUCCGCUCUGAAGAACAACCCCUCAGGAUGUACGACUUAUUGCAGGACCUGUGUGGAGUAAUGCUGGGUGUGCUUCAAAAAACUGAAGACCUUUCAGCUCGAGAGACCAGUAAAAGAUUUUUAUUUCAUUACACUAAGACGAAUACUGGAGUGCCUGAUGGGACGUCUGCUGUGUUCCACCCGCUCCUGCAGCUCAUACCCCAGCUCCAUAGCAGAAGACGCAGAAGAGUACAUGACAACCUGCAGGCCCUACGCACUAUCCACAGCAGAGGACAGUUCAUUUAUCGGCCCCGUAAUGGAAGACGAUCAACAGAAUAUGUGUAAACAUUAUAAAGAAUAACAGCUGUACAGACUAAAUGAAGAACCAGAAACCCCCAGACCCAUUUCUUGGAUUCUUGGAAGUGCCCACUAAACCUUCCUCUAUAAUGUAUAAUGUUGCUUAAUGUACAUAAAAAUCUAAAUAAAGUGUUUAUAAAGCCUU